UCCCCCUUGUCCUUCAAUACACAUCUGCUGAAGCCCUCCUGCCUGAGUUACUCCACAGGAAGACAGGAACUGGCCACAGGAACCGGUCGCAGCUCGUGGUGCGGGCAAGAUGGAAGCCAACUUCUCCAUCGCUCUGAAUAGAUCUGAUGAGAUGCUCCAGGAGUCUACUGGCUACACUGUUGUGCAGAUUAUCUCAUUGGUGAUUCAAGGGAUCACCUUUGUUCUCGGCAUCCUGGGCAAUGGGCUUGUGAUCUGGGUGGCUGGGUUCCAGAUGGCACGCACAGUCACCACCUUGUGUUACCUGAACUUGGCCUUAGCUGAUUUCUCUUUCCUGGUCACUCUACCAUUCCUCAUGGUGUCAAUUAUCAUGAAAGAUCAAUGGCCUUUUGGCUGGUUCCUAUGCAAGUUAAUUUACAUUGUAGUGGACAUUAACUUGUUUGGAAGUGUCUUCCUCAUUGCUUUCAUUGCUCUGGAUCGCUGUAUUUGUGUCCUGCACCCAGUCUGGACCCAGAACCACCGCACUGUAACUCUGGCUACAAAACUGAUCAUUAUACCCUGGAUCCUUGCACUAGUCUUUACCUUGCAAAAUUUCAUCUUCUUGACUACAGUAAAUAUCAGUGGGAAUGUGUACUGUAGUUACAUCUUUGCAGGGACUGAACUAACCUUUUCACGCGUUUGGGUGGGAGUGAUGACCAUCAUACUGAGAUCUAGAGGGGUCAUCCGGUUUGUCAUUGGCUUCACUAUGCCAAUGUCCAUCGUAGCUAUCUGCUACGGGCUCAUUGCUGUCAAGCUCUCUAAAAAAGGUAUGCUUAAUUCCAGCCGUUCCUUACGGGUUCUCACUGCUGUUGUGGUUUCCUUCUUUGUUUGUUGGUUCCCCUUUCAACUGGUUGCCCUUCUGCACACAAUUAGGCUCACAGAGCUGUUGUUCGGGAGUACGUACAAAAUCCUUACUAUCCUGACUAAUCUACUGAGACCCUUGGCAUUCUUCAACAGCUGCCUCAACCCAAUG